GGUGAUGUACCAAAGCUAACAAGCAACAACCAAAUUAGACAGUGCUCUAGUAGAACCCAAAAAAAUGGCGGCUAUUCAAUCUCUAACUUUCUUCCGCUUCCAUUCUUCUUCAGAUAUUUAUCCUCUAUCUUUAAGCUCUUCCCCUUCCCUUAAAUUCCCUAAACACAUCAAAAUUUACAACUCCCAGCUGCACAAUUUCCCCACUUCAAGUAAAAAGUUUCAGCGACGUUUCUCUCCAAUUUUGAAUAAAAUUGAGCCUGACCCAGAUGAGGAAGAGGAAGUGCAGCAGAGUACAGGAGUUAAAGCUGCAUUAUCAAUGCUUAAUUUCUACAAGAGAGAAAUAUCACCAUUGAUGCCAAAGAGUUGCCGUUAUGUGCCGUCUUGUAGCGAAUAUUCGAUGAUUGCUUACAAGAAAUAUGGGGUUGCUAAGGGUACUAUCUUGACUGCUUGGCGCCUUUGUCGCUGCAACCCGCUUGGUGGAUCCGGCUUUGAUCCCCCAAGAUGGUUUGGCGAAGAGAGGGCAUCAGAGGAGUGAAACCUUUGAUUGUCUUCAUACAAAUAGCAAGGAGCAGCAGUGCAAGCAGCAACAACAAUGAUCAUGUUCAACCAGCAGUACAACAUUCUAGAAGCUUCCCACAUGAUCAGUUUCAUCACACACCUACAGCUCUAACAACUUGCCUUAAAUCUAGGGAGUCAGUUAGUCAUUCUGUUAGGCUGCAUCCUUGUGUACAUAUAGAGUGCUCUCAUUGGAUGCAACACAUCAUCCUUAGAAUGUAUAUAUAUUAUUCUUGCUGUACGAAUUCAAUCAUAAAUCAAAUAAUAGAAUUCUGUUUGAUCAA